AUGAUGAGAGCCCUCCUCGUCACCCUCCUCGCCUCCAUCCUCGUCCUACGGUGCACCGCGCAGCCGAUCGACGACCACGAGGCGCAGGCUUUCUACAACCGCAGAAUGGCUGCCCUCCGACAAUUCGAGACGGCUCGAGCACUGGCCAGCCCGUGGAAUCAGGAGAUGUCGAAACGGUCGCCCCACCAGAUCGAGCAGCGGGCCGCGCUCAACUCGUUCAAGAACUGCUACUUCUCCCCCAUCCAGUGUGUUCUCAUGGAGAAGCGGAGAAAG